CGAGCUGAGCCGCCCCGAAGGCUCGCUUGGCCCGCGCCGCCCUUUCUCCUCACAGCGCAGCAGCCCAAGCGCCGCCGCCGCCGCCAGCGGACUCACGGCGCCCCUCGGCUCGCUCGCUCGGCCGACCCCGAUGUGGCGCCCGGCGGCGACGUCGGCUGCCAGGUGGUGGUGAAGCGGCGGCGUCGCCCGCUCCCUUCUCGCCCUCCUCCCUAUGGAGUCUCCCCCCAGCAGCAGCAGCAGCAGCAGCAGCCACUUGCUGGGCAGCGCCGGGGGCCUCCUGCCCGGCGGGCUGGGCUCGGGCUUCAGCAGCCUGCAGAGCCCCGAGCUGGGCAGCCCUCACGGCGGAGGCUCCUCCUCGGCAGCCGCGGCCUCCCCUCCGCCGCCGCCGCUGCCCAGCUUCGGCACGCCGUGGUCGGUGCAGACCUCGCCGCCGCCGCCUCAGCAACCGCCGCCGGGCCAGCAGCAGCCGCCGCCGCAGCAGCCGCCUCCUCCGGCCGCCUCAGCCGCCGCCAUGGCUCCUCCGCCGAGCCCGGAGUCGUCGUCGUCUUCGGAGGGCGGCAGCAGUUUCUACGCGGCGGGCGGCGGGAUGCCGUCGUCCCUCAACCCGGCUUUCUUCCAGAGCUUCUCGCCCGUGUCGACCCACGCCGCCUCCGUGGGGCCUUUCGGAAGCCCCUUCUCGCCAGCCCCGCCGCCGCCGCCUCAGAUCAGUUUACCUCAGCAGCAGCAGCAGCAGCAGCAGCAGAACCGGCGCUCGCCCGUCAGCCCGCAGCUGCAGCAGCAGCACCACCAACACCAGGCGGCCGCGGCCGCAGCGGCAGCCGCCUUCCUGCAGCAGAGGAACUCCUACAACCACCACCAGCCUCUUCUGAAGACAUCACCCUGGAGCAACCAUCAGAGUACUGGCUGGAGCACAGGAAAUAUGUCUUGGGGAAGUGUGCAUGGUAGAGACCAUCGUAGAACUGGAAACAUGGGAAUUCCAGGAACUAUGAACCAGAUCUCUCCCUUAAAGAAGCCGUUUUCUGGUAACGUCAUAGCUCCUCCCAAGUUUACUCGUUCUACUCCAUCGCUGACUCCUAAAUCAUGGAUUGAAGAUAAUGUUUUCCGAACAGACAGCAACAGUAACACGCUCUUACCCUUACAGGUAAGAAUGGAUCGAAACAGAAUGUAUGACAGUCUGAAUAUGCAUUCAUUGGAAAAUUCACUCAUUGAUAUAAUGAGGGCUGAACAUGAUCCUCUUAAAGGUCGUUUGAAUUACCCACAUCCAGGAACUGACAAUCUUCUAAUGUUAAAUGCAAGGAGUUAUGGGCGAAGACGAGGUCGUUCUUCCCUCUUUCCAAUAGAUGAUGGCUUACUGGAUGAUGGUCAUAGUGACCAAGUAGGCGUGUUGAAUUCACCUACAUGCUAUUCUGCUCAUCAGAAUGGAGAACGGAUAGAACGUUUCUCUCGGAAGGUGUUUGUUGGUGGUCUUCCUCCAGAUAUUGAUGAAGAUGAAAUUACUGCUAGCUUCAGACGAUUUGGACCUCUGGUCGUUGACUGGCCUCACAAAGCAGAAAGUAAAUCCUACUUUCCACCUAAAGGUUAUGCAUUCCUUCUUUUCCAAGAGGAGACCUCUGUUCAAGCACUGAUUGAUGCCUGCAUUGAAGAAGAUGGAAAGCUUUAUCUGUGUGUUUCCAGCCCUACUAUCAAGGACAAGCCAGUCCAGAUCCGUCCCUGGAACUUAAGUGAUAGUGACUUUGUGAUGGAUGGUUCUCAGCCUCUUGAUCCCCGAAAAACAAUUUUUGUUGGUGGUGUCCCCAGGCCAUUACGAGCUGUGGAAUUAGCCAUGAUAAUGGACCGUCUGUAUGGUGGAGUUUGUUACGCAGGAAUUGAUACAGAUCCUGAACUCAAAUAUCCAAAAGGUGCUGGGCGAGUUGCUUUUUCCAAUCAGCAGAGCUACAUUGCUGCUAUUAGUGCUCGGUUUGUUCAGCUUCAACAUGGUGAUAUUGAUAAACGAGUGGAGGUAAAGCCAUAUGUGCUGGAUGACCAGAUGUGUGACGAAUGCCAGGGCGCACGGUGUGGUGGGAAGUUUGCUCCCUUUUUUUGUGCCAAUGUCACUUGCCUGCAGUAUUACUGUGAGUUUUGCUGGGCGAAUAUCCACUCUCGGGCAGGACGUGAAUUCCAUAAGCCAUUGGUUAAGGAAGGGGCUGACCGCCCGCGCCAGAUCCACUUCCGCUGGAACUGAGCCUGCUUCUCCAGCAUCUCCUUAAGGAACAAAGGGUGCAUGUGGCUUACUGUGUUUGAAGAUACUGACAUGCAGAAGAAAUAAGUGCAUUCUUCUGCUUCUCACCCCGACUCUCAAUACAUGCAUCUUUUUCAGCAGCCAAAACACUACAAAGCCUCUUGUUUUUCACCAAAACCCUACAUCUCAGGCUUAAUAAUUUUUGUGAUAUUUUCAUGUUAAAAUAAAAAAAAAAUGUUUUUUUGUAUUUUCUCCAACUUAUUUUUAUAUGUAAAAUUAAAACUAGAUAUGAGAAUGUUUUUGCAUAGGGGCACACUGUCUGCUGCUAUAUUUAGUGGGUGAAGCGUGCACUUAUUUCUAAACAUGGGUUUUUAACUUCAAGAUCUGCCCUAGUAAUUUACCAAAGGUAGCAAAAAUAGUGAAGAUGGGAUAUGUCUGCUACAAAAAAAGCUUAUUUUUAUUGUUGUUGCUAUUUUCAGUGUAUACAUCGAUUAAAAAAAAUAGGGUUGAUUUUUUGCUCUCCAUUUUGACUUGCAAGAAAUAAUACCUCAAGAUAAUCUGAUUUAUUAGCUAUUUUUAAACAUUUAUAAUCACAAGCUGUAUUAGCUUUGCUGCUAUAUAGGUGUUGUGUGUAAUGCCACCUAUUAAUACGGGAUUAAAACGUUUUAAGAUACACUGCAUUGCCGAUUAAAAUGCAGGCAGCACAAUAUGGCAUAAAGUGCCAUAGUUUUAGAAUGUGAAAAAUUGCAUGUUUACUUACCUGUAUACACCAUAUGCAUGCACUAGAUCUAACAAGAGGUGAGUUAUUGAAAAUGUUUUUUUAAUGCUCUGAAAUCUAGAUAGCAUGAGCAAACCGCAAAAUUUGUAACAAAAGACACUUGCAUGCAUUAUUGUGACUCAAGUUUUUUUCCUCUAAAAAUGUCCUACAUGUGUAUAAUAUGCAAACUAGUUUUAGAUUAGAAAGUGCAGCCAUUUUGUGACUUGGUUGGUAGUGGAAUUCAAUUUUUGCAGACUGGAUGUAAUAUUGUAAUCCCUGUGCAACUUUGUGAUGUGUGGUUCUAAUUAGUGUGGAGUGGUGUAGCUUAGACACGUUUGAGCAAAAUUACUAGAUUUUUAAAUAGAUUUAUAUUUAUUUCAGCCCUCUUGAUUGUUCACGGUUAAAACUUCCUUUACAAACCAAAGAUGGCCAGCCCACUGCUAACCAGUCACCAAAUGGGAAACUACUGAGAAACGAGCAUUAAAAUGUGCUCAUACAAGAAAACUUAAUGCUUUAGUAAUAAAAUAAAGUCAAAAUGGAGAUGGUGUAAUAUACAGACAGCUAGUUGCAUAAGCUAAAUCUUACCUUUAAGACAACAGUGAAAUCUGGCUUAAACUGUGUGUGCUUGUUUGACCUUAGGUGCUUUUAAGACUUCUGUCAAACUAGGGUCACUGUUGCAUGAAAUGUAGUUAGUUGACGGACAGUCAAGCGUAGUGUUUUAAUUUUGAUGAAGGAGUUCUAAGCGACGGCAUUGCUUGCAAGAUUUUUGAGGGGGUGGGAGGAAGGGGGGCUGUUUCUGGAUUGAAAUGCAAGAAAUUCAUUAGCAGUGUUUUUGUCCUCCACAAAACAUUUUAAUGCAACUAGCCCUUAUGUUUCAAUGGAAGAAAGAGCCACUCUACAGUUUAAGCAAGCACCCAGUGCAGAAUUGAAAGUCUUAUUCCAAGAGAGAAAUUUGCAAGGGUUUUGCCCUUGGCAAUCCCUUGGGGACAAUCCUUCAUGUAAGCAAAGUGUUGCUCUUAUAUUGGUUGUCUGCAAUGUGCUUUUUGGUACUGUUCAAUAUGUGGUUUCAUGUCUAAAUCUGCUGUUUCGUUGUGGUUGUGGUUCAAGUUUUUAAAGUUUUAAAGUUGAUGCUGUUUUAAGAAGAGCUUUUUAACUGAUUUAGUUGUCAAUGUACCCUAUUUGUUACUUAACCAUGAUCCUCCAGAUUUUUUGGAGUAUUCUUUUCUAACGUUAAACCCUGCCAGACCUUGAUCCAUUUUUGACAUUUGUUAUGCACUAUUUUUAUAUCUCUGUGAGAGAUUUUUUUUCCAACUAGUCAGCUAUUUUAAGGCACACUUUUUUUUGACUGACGACAUCUCCUUUGCUAUACCUCAAUUUUUGGAAUUUAGAAAUGAAAAAAAAAAUCAGUAGUUUUGCAAUGUUAAUUAUUUAGAUAUAAUUUAAUUCCGCAGAUGUUUUUAACUUUAUUUUCAUAUUUCUUGCUUGAAGUUUAAAAUUAAAGAGCCUUUACAUGUUUUAAAUAAUGAAAAUGAAUAUGGAAAAUUGAAAUAAUUGGAGAUGUUUAAAAAUCCUUUGUUUCUCCCCAAAUAAAACUGUAAGAAAACAGUGAUGCCCUUUCUUUGGUAUGGGUAAACUAUUCUAAAUAUCAGGCUAUGCUUCUCACUUCAUUUCUGGAGCUAUUGAGGCUAAUAGCUCCUGUAACUUACAUCUCCUCUUUUUAUUCCUUUUUAAAUCCAUGUUCCUAGGACACAAUCCCCCUGGAAGUUCUCCUGCAUCAGCACUCUUUGAAGUGAAUGGGCACAUUCAUCUCAAUGGAGGCUGAGAUAAUGUGCUUUUGCACAGCUCCUGUUUGUUUCAAGGCAGGAUAAUAAUGUAAGAGACUUCCCUAGUGGAUUGUGCCCUUAUUUUCUUAACUGUUCAACACUGUAUUGGUUUUUGUUUAUAUAAAUCAUAUUUAUUUUACUAUUUUUGUAGGAGAUUGUUAAUUUUAUUGUAUUUUUGUAUUUUUAAAGCUUCUUUUAUUUC